GUGGGAGGAAUAGCACCCCAUCAUUGGUGUCAGUGGGAGGAAUCGUGCCCCAUCAUUGGUGUCAGUGGGAGGAAUCGUGCCCCCCCAUCAUUGGUGUCAGUGGGAGGAGGAUCUAGUGUCCCCAACAUUGGUAUCAGUGGAAGGAAUAGUGUCCCAACAUUGGGGUCAGUGGGGGGUGGAAUAGUGCCCCAUCAUUGGUGUCAGUGGGGGGUGGAAUAGUGCCCCAUCAUUGGUGUCAGUGGGGGGUGGAAUAGUGCCCCAUCAUUGGUGUCAUGGGGGGGGAGGAAUAGUGCCCCAUCGU